GCUAUUCCUUCCUCCUCUCACUCCCCAACUUCGAUCCCCAGCUGCAGGGAGGUGUUAAGGGGAAGCCCUGACCCCUCACACCUUUCCACAAACAAACUACAAUAAACCAGCCUCGGGGAUGAUCCUACCCUCCACUGCCCUCCCCGACCUCUAUUGCGUCUCUACCCCUAAGGCAAUAGCAAAACUCUACACAAGUUGAGACCCGCACUACAGAGUCAGCAACCCCCAACUGACGCAAUGGCCAUGCCGGGAUGCGGGACCCGCAGGCUCGGCCCGAGAUUUUGCUAUAAAGCAGGAGCAGCAGGAUCCCAGGUGCAGUGUUCUGCCAUCGGGACCCUUAAGUUUCCUUAGAGGUCCCGCUUUUCCCAGGUUGCUGCUGACACUCAGGUUGGAAACAUGAAUUUCUACCUGUGUUUAGCUUCCCUGUGCUUGGGAUUAGCGGCCGCCAUUCCACCAUUUGACAGGGCUUUAGAUUCUCAGUGGCACCAAUGGAAGGCACAACAUGGGAAGUCCUAUGAAGCGAAUGAAGAUAGUUUGAGGAGAGCAACAUGGGAGAAGAAUUUGAAAAUGAUUGAAAGGCACAAUCAGGAGUACAGUGCUGGCAAACAUAGUUUCCAGCUGAGAAUGAACAAGUUUGGUGACAUGAGCACUGAAGAAUUUAAACAAGUGAUGAAUGGCUAUAAGUCUAAUGGAUCACAGAGGAGGACCAAAGGAUCUCUGUAUCGUGAAUCUCUCCUUGCACAGCUCCCUGAAUCUGUAGAUUGGAGAGAGAAAGGCUAUGUAACUCCUGUUAAGGAACAGGGUGAUUGUGGAGCUUGUUGGUCAUUUAGUGCCGUUGGCGCCAUUGAAGGUCAGUGGUUCCGCAAAACAGGCAAACUUGUUUCACUUAGUAUACAGAACUUGAUUGACUGCACUAUUCCUGAAGGCAACAAUGGCUGCGAUGGUGGUUUCAUGGACAACGCCUUCCAAUAUGUGCAGGACAAUGGUGGCAUUGAUACAGAGGAGUGCUAUCCUUAUGUAGCCCAGGAUACAGAAUGCAAAUACAAACCAGAAUGCUCUGGUGCAAACAUAACUGGAUUUGUAGACAUUCCAUCUAUGGAUGAAAGAGCACUCAUGGAGGCUGUAGCAACUGUGGGUCCCAUCUCUGUUGGUAUUGAUUCGGCAAAUCCAUCCUUCAAGUUCUAUCAGUCCGGUGUUUAUUAUGAACCAGACUGCAGCAGUUCCCAACUGGAUCAUGGUGUGCUGGUUGUGGGCUAUGGUUCAAUAGGAAAAGAUGAAUACUGGAUUGUCAAGAACAGCUGGGGUGAGGCGUGGGGCGACAAUGGGUACAUUUUAAUGGCCAAGGAUAAGGAUAACCACUGUGGAAUAGCAACAGAAGCCAGCUACCCUAAAGUGUGAUUUGAUCGAAGGCUUCAGAAAUAUUUGAAAACAGGAUCCAAGAUCUGUAUCGUUGGGAAUAAAAUACUUGAAUGUCGUCCAGUAUCCAAGUUAUAAUUUGAGUUCCUUGUGACAUUUUUACAUUUGUGAAAUGUAAAUACUACUUUACAAUGCUUGUAAUAUUGCUUAAUUCAAAGACUUAUAAGUUUUCACUUUAAAAUUGUAUAUAUAAAGCUUUACCUUUUUAAAUAAA